AUGCCGAACGGGGUUUCCAACCGUCGCUCUCUCGAUAGGGCCAGUAUAAAUGACAAAGAGCUCUACGCGGUUCACGCAGAAGUCAAGACGAACAUGGAGGGUCGCAAGGGGGACGCGUCAGCAUUAGCCGAUCGACAAUUUGUUGAAGCUUACCCUGACAAGGACAGAAGAAUGCUCCUCAGGAAGAUGGAUUUGCACAUUAUACCUAUCCUCAUCAGUCUCUACAGGUUGGUUCCGGGCGCCUUCCUCUUCAUGACGAAAUGGUAUGCAAAGUUCGAAUUAGCCACUCGAUUCAGCAUAUUCUAUGUCGGAUCUGCCUUGUCUGGGGCUUUCUCGGGACUUUUGGCCUACGCCUUUGCCCAAAUGGACGGCGUGGGUGGCCUUGCCGGCUGGAGAUGGAUUUUCAUCAUGGAGGGUCUUAUGACUGUCAUAGUUGGUGUCCUAAUCCCGUUUAUUCUUGCCGACACGCCGCAGGGCGUUCGCUGGCUGAAGAAGGAUGAAUGCCGAUAUCUAGUCGCUCGAAUGACUUUACAAAACGGCGGCUCCGGGGCCGAAGAAAUUGGACAUCACUUUAGUUGGAAACUGCUAUGGGCGGUUGUGUCUGACUGGCAGUUCUAUCUCUUCGCCUUCAACUAUUAUUCUAACAACAUUCCAACCUACGGUCUCAAGUUCACCAUGCCUCAGAUCAUGAAGAAUAUGGGGUUUAGUGGUAACAAUGCUCAACUCAUGACAAUACCACCUUAUAUCGCAGGGGCCAUCAGCGCAUAUGUAUUCGGCAGGCUAUCCGACAAAUUCAGACGACGCUCCUACUUCCUCGUUAUUCCCCAGUUCCUUGUCAUUAUCGGAUAUUCCAUUCUAACACCUCUGGCGCCGAAGAUCAAGCAGAACAUGGGAGCAUGCUACUUCGCGAUCGUGCUUGCAAAUAUUGGCCUGUACCCGAUCAGCCCUGGAUCAAGCUCAUGGAUCAGUAACAACCUUGCCGGGACCGCAAAGCGUGCACUUGGCCUUGGUUAUAUUGCUAUGAUUGGUAACCUUGGUGGGAUCGUAUCGUCAUACAUCUUCAUCCAGUCUGAAGCACCAGCCUAUCCUACAGGCUUCGGGACAUCCCUGGCGUUCGCGGUAAUGGGCAUUAUCGCCGCUACGACACUCGAUGUAAUAUAUAUGCGGAUAAACAAGAAGAGAGACCAGAUGUCGGAGGCUGAAGUGCGCGAGAAAUAUACAGAGGAGGAGCUUGCAGCCUUGGGAGAUAGGUCUCCAUUGUUCCGAUAUACGCUCUAA